AUGACCUCACUUAUAACGUCCGUGCGCUCGAAAUUUUUGGAUGCGAUCAGGUCUGUCAACCCACCCGGGAGGUGGAAGAUUCUGGUUGUCGACGAACAUUCCCAGCAGCUGCUGAGCUCUGUUCUGAAACAGUUUGACAUCCUCGAAGAGAAUGUAACCCUAAUUGAAUCGAUCAGCAACUACCGUGAUCCGCAGCCCCAGUUUGAGGCUAUAUACUUGCUUAUGUCGACCUCGCAGAAUGUGGAUCGCAUCAUCAGAGACUUCUCGGAUGGUAAUCAGCAAUAUGCUGCCGCGCACCUAUUCUUCGUGGAUGGAUUGGACGAACAGCUGUUUGAGCGACUUACUUCAUCCCCCGCGGAGCCGCACCUCCAAGCGUUGAAAGAGCUGUUCAUAAACUUCUGGGCGAUUGAAUCCCAGGCAUUCUCUGUCAAAUCUCCCGGCGCAUUCUUCAACAUGUACAGUCCGCCCCGAAGCGACUCCGCGUUCAAAUCGGCACGCGACCGUUUAGAAGAGGAGCUGCGGUUCAUCAGCAAGACGAUCAUGAACGUCUGCAUAACGCUCAACGAGUUCCCGUACAUUCGUUACUACCUGCCGACACAUCACGCCCCGCUCGGCGCGCUGAAGCCCCACGCAUCAACGCGAGCACCCGCCCCUUCCGAUGCGAGCAGCCGCUGGCGCACGAACUUGGCGCGUGGGAGCGAAGCUCGCGCGUAUGAAACUGCCGAGGGAGACUACGUGACCAAGCUGCUUGCGUUCAUGGUGCAGAACGACCUGGACGAGUAUAAGAAAGCGAAUCCUGACUUCCCCGCAUCUGACGCACAGCGACCGCGCUCAACUCUAAUUAUUACGGAUCGUACGAUGGACACUGUCGCGCCCUUGUUACACGAAUUUACGUACCAGGCGAUGGCCAACGACUUGCUCCCAAUCGAAGAUGGCACGAAAUAUACAUACAAGUUUCAAUCCGCUAUUGGCGCGUACGAAGACAAGACAGCUACAUUGAGUGAUGCCGACAAUGUCUGGACGGCAGUGCGCCACAUGCACAUGCGCGAGGCGAUCGACAAGCUCAUGGCCGACUUCAACCAGUUCUUGCAGGACAAUGCUGGUUUCAAGGGAGAUGGGGCAGCGAACUUGAAUGACAUGAAGGACAUGCUUGCGAACCUUCCGCAAUACCAAGAACAGCGAGAAAAGUUCUCUCUGCACUUGAACAUGGCCCAAGAGUGUAUGGGAAUUUUCGAACGCGACAAGCUGCCGGCAGCAGCGACCGUUGAACAGAAUUGUGCUACUGGUAUGACCGCCGAAGGCAAGACACCCAAGACAUUAGUGGAAGAGAUGGUACCGCUCUUAGAUGGGCGAGACGUGCUCAAUUCCAACAAAGUCCGCAUAAUCGCACUAUACAUUCAGUACCGAGAUGGUGUGCCGGAUGAGGAUCGGCGGCGGUUGUACCAACACGCGCGACUAUCCAUGGCAGAACAAGACGCAGUAAAUGCACUGGUGCAUCUUGGUAUCCGAAUAAGCAAAGGACCAGGUGAUCGUGACACGAAGAAGAAGCUGAAGCAGAAAACGAAGAACGAUGAUGUAUAUGAACUGUCGCGAUACAAGCCUCUGUUGAACGCCGUUCUCGAAGAGCAUGUCACGAACAAGCUCGACCCUUCCCUUUUCCCUUACGUCAAGGAUGCACCAUCACUCGCCCCUGCACCAAGCUUACGCUCAACACCUUCCUCACAGACGGCAACGUCGCUGCGCAGCGCAAAACCAUCUUGGCAUCGUGCUGCCCGACCAGGGGCGAGUGCGCAGGAGGUCCGACAGCGGGUCAUCGUCUUCGUUGCCGGCGGUAUGACGUACUCGGAAAUGCGAGAAGCGUACCUGCUGUCGAAGUCGUUGAAUAAAGACAUCAUCAUAGGCUCAACACAUGCUGUCACACCGCUUGAGUUCGUCGAUGACCUGAAGGUCCUCGAACUCAGCGGGAUAGGUUCGAAGGCCAUUCCUAAUGGUUUGGGCGAAGGCCGAGGUCAGCGACCACUGCAGCAAUACUACGACGAGAAGUAUUUCACGCAGGACGCCCCGCCACCGCAGCGGCCGGCACCUGCGUCGAUACCACAGCCGCGCCAUGAACACGGGCGUUCGAACAAGCCGCUCAUCCCCUCAUUUGCAGGGUCAUCCGCGUCGGUCAACAGCAGCGUCAAGGAAGAGAAAAAGAAGAAGCGGGGUCUGUUCCAUUUCUGA